AUGCGUCGGUCGGUACUAAAGCUGGGUGACAGGCCUGCCAAAGAGAACACCUGCCCCAACAGCGUGACCCAGAGGUACAGGCACCUGACCCACUGCUCGGCUGAGGAGCUCAGGGCCAUGUCACAUCACAGAAAUGGAACCCUCUCGGGGAAGCCUCUGCAGGAGUUUGUGCUGGAUGGAUUUCAGGGGGGUCUGCAGACCCAGGCCCUGCUCUUUGCCCUCUUCCUGGCCCUGUACUUGGCAGCCGUCCUGGGGAACCUCACCAUGAUCGUGGUCAUCACCCUGGACGCCCGUCUGCACUCCCCGAUGUACUUCUUCCUCAAGAACCUCUCCUUCCUGGACCUGUGCUACUCAUCUGUCAUCUACCCCAAGGCCCUGGCCAACGUCCUGUCCUCAGCCAAGGUCACCUCCUUUGGGGGAUGUGCCACCCAGUUCUUCUUCUUCUCCAUGAUGGGCACGACUGAGACUCUUCUCCUGGCCGUGAUGGCCUACGACCGCUUCCUGGCCAUCUGCAGCCCCCUGCACUAUCCCAUCACCAUGUGCCCAUCAGCCUGUGCCCGCCUGGUCCUGGGCUGCUAUGGUGGAGGCUGCCUCAACUCUGGGGUGCAGGCUAUCCUCACUUUCCGCCUCCCCUUCUGCAGCUCCAACCACAUUGACCACUUCUUCUGCGAUGUGGUCCCCCUGCUCCAGCUUACUUGUACUGACACAUUUGUCAACAAGCUGGUCCUGUUUGGCAUCUGCGGGCUCAUCAUCGUGGGCACCACACUCGGGGUCCUCAUCUCCUAUGCCUACAUCACCGUGACCAUCCUGAGGAUGUGCUCAGGUGCAGGCAGACACAAGCUCUUCUCCACCUGUGGCUCCCACAUGACGGCCGUGUCCCUCUUUUAUGGGACCCUUUUUGUCAUGUAUGCCCAGCCAGGUGGUGUGGCGUCCAUGGAGCAGGGCAAGGUGGUCUCUGUCUUCUACACCCUGGUCAUCCCCGUGCUCAACCCCCUCAUCUACAGUCUGCGGAACAAGGAGGUGAAGGAUGCCCUGCGGAGACUGGGCCACAAGCUCACAGCCCUCUGACGGACGGUGACCUGGGAGACAGCGCGUCCUCAGGGCAGGAAUUUGUUCCUCUAUCUUCCAAUUCAUUCAUUCAUCCAACAUUUCAUUCAAUUCUGCAUUGAAGCACAUCAUGGACCACACAUGCAUGUGUGAGAUGCCAAGAAAAUGAGGCAGACAAUUAAUGGUCCAUGAUGAAUGGAGACCCUAAACCUGAAGUUUCUAGAACGCAGUGGGAAGAGGCAUGGACAGAGGGUCUCUGAACCAGGGGACAGGUCCCAGUUCAACACCUUCAGUGAAGGUAUGUGAGCAGACAAAUGCUCUGGCCUUUUCCCUUCACUUGAUGGCUGAAUCUCAAGUAAACCUGUGCUCAGCAAUAGCACCUUGACCACCCAGAAGGGGGAUUUAGGACGCUCAUCCCUGCCCUUCCUUGGGGAUACCCUGCGGUCAGC